CUUCUACAUCACAAAAUCCUCCACUCUUUCUUUCCUUCUCCUACUUCUUUAAUAGACUCUUCGCAUAUCUCCUUCACGAGGUUCGAGGAGAGCAGAAGGCGUAGUCGAUAAUCCGUUUUUCUGCCGGGCUCACCGACCAUAAUCUGUGCCCUUCCGCACUAGCGCCUUAAGAUUUUUCUUUGGCGAUAAGGUCGUCGCCCACAAUCCGUUUCUCCCACCUUUUCUCCUCCUCAGAAUGCCCGCUGUUACAGAUUCUUCAGCAACCGCCAGCAUGUCUUCCAAGGAGAAUAAGAACAGCGUCAAGGUUCUUGAUGAACUGAUGGCCAAGCUGUCCGUCUCCAAGGCCCAGGACGAGAUUAACGCCGCCACCCACAACCUGGCCGUGUUCAUUAACUCGCCGAUCGAGGAGAACGACGCUCCCACAAAGACCGUGGAAUCCCUUCAGAAGCAACUCGCCAACAAGAAGGAUGCCAACGUCCGCGAGCGAGCUGUUAAUGCCAUCCAAGCCAUUGCUGAGCACAGCGAUACCUCCUCCUCUGUCGAGCCAUAUCUGGUCGUCCUUCUUCCUUCGGUCCUCGCAGCCGUUGGAGACAAGGCUGUUCCAGUCAAGAAUGCCGCGUUAGCCGCUGCUCUCAGCAUCAUCAAGGCUGUGAACGCAAAUGCCGUCAAGAUUGUCCUCCCACCGAUCAUUAAUUCUAUCUUGACCGCACAAAAAUGGCAAGAAAAGAUCUGCGGUCUCGACUGCAUCGAGGCUUUGGCCAAGUCCUCUCCUACACAACUCGCCAUCCGCGUACCAGACCUUAUUCCAGUUAUCUCCGAAUCGAUGUGGGACACAAAGCCUGAAGUCAAGAAGAGAGCAUAUGGUACAAUGGAGAAGCUUUGCAGCUUGAUUGUCAACAAGGAUAUCGAGCGCUUCAUUCCUGAGCUCAUCAAGUGUAUCUCCAAGCCAGAAAACGUUCCCGAGACCGUUCACUUGCUCGGUGCCACCACUUUCGUUACUGAUGUCCACGAGCCAACUUUGGCUAUCAUGGUUCCUCUCUUGGAUCGUGGUCUCAGCGAGCGAGAGACUGCUAUCAAGCGAAAGUCUGCAGUCAUUGUCGACAACAUGUGCAAGCUUGUCGAGGACCCUCAAAUUGUUGCAGGUUUCUUGCCCAAGCUCAUGCCUGCCUUGACCAAGAACUACGAAAACUUGGCAGAUCCUGAGGCUCGUGAGAAGACAAAGCAAGCUCUUGACACCCUCACCCGCGUUGGUGAUGUCAAGGAUGGCAAGAUUCCCGAAGUUUCACACGCUGGUGACGUUGCCACCGUUCUCCCAAUCUUGAAGGAAAUCAUCGAGAGCAAGAACAAGGCUGCGCUCAAGUUUGAGCCAAUCUUGAACUACAUCUCUGCCGUCGCUGGUCAACUCAUCGACGAGAAGGACUCCGACCAGACCAGCUGGACCCAAAACUUGAAGCCAUACAUCGCAGCAAUCAUCGGUGAGGCUGGUGCACAGGAUGUUGUCGACAACCUCCGAAGACGCGCUUCUCCAGGUGCCGAGGCUGAGGAUGCCGAAGAGGCUGACGAUGAUGUGGGAGAAGAUCUCUGCAACUGCACAUUCAACUUGGCCUACGGUGCCAAGAUUCUUCUCAAUCAAACACAUCUCCGAUUAAAGCGUGGCCAGCGAUAUGGUCUUUGCGGUCCCAACGGUUCUGGAAAAUCCACCCUCAUGCGCGCCAUCAACAACGAGCAAGUCGAGGGUUUCCCAAAGAAGGAUGAGGUCAAGACUGUGUUCGUUGAGCACGAUCUUGACUCUGCGGAUACUGAGUUGACCACCAUUGUCUGGACCAUGAAGAAGCUUGAGGAGGUCGGAAUCACCACUUCGCAAGCUGAUGUCGAGAAGCAAUUGGGAGAGUUCGGCUUUACCCCCGACAUGACCAGCGGUGCCAUUACUGCUCUUUCUGGUGGUUGGAAAAUGAAGUUGGCUCUUGCCCGUGCCGUUUUCGAAGACCCUGACAUUCUCCUUCUCGAUGAGCCUACCAACCAUUUGGACGUGAAGAACGUCAAGUGGCUCGAGGAUUACCUCAUGGCAUCUCCCUGUACCUCGAUCAUCGUCUCUCACGACACAGGCUUCCUCAACAAUGUUUGCCAGAACAUUAUCAACUACGAGCGUUUCAAGCUCAAGCGAUACAAGGGUAACGUGCGGGAAUUCGUCAAGAAGUGCCCAUCCGCCAAGUCCUACUUCGAGCUCGGUGCCUCUGAGAUCGAAUUCAAGUUCCCUGAGCCCGGUUUCCUUGAGGGUGUCAAGACCAAGGCUAAGGCCAUCAUUCGUGUCAACAAGAUGUCCUUCCAAUACCCCGGAACACCAAAGCCACAGAUCCAGGACAUCUCCUUCCAAUGUUCGCUGGGUUCUCGUAUCGCCGUCAUUGGUCCCAACGGUGCUGGAAAAUCUACCCUGAUCAACGUCCUCACUGGUGAGUUGAUCCCAACCUCAGGUGACGUCUACACCCACGAGAACAUCCGUAUCGCCUACAUCAAGCAACACGCUUUCGCACACAUCGAUCACCACUUGGAGAAGACUCCUUCUGAGUAUAUCCAAUGGCGUUUCCAGACUGGUGAGGAUCGUGAGACUAUGGAUCGUGCCAACAAGAUCGUCACCGAUGAGGAUGAGAAGGCUAUGGACAAGAUCUAUAAGAUCGAAGGCUCACAACGUCGUGUCAUCGGCAUUCACUCGCGAAGAAAGUUCAAGAACUCUUACGAGUAUGAGUGUUCGUUCGCUCUCGGAGAGAACGUUGGCAUGAAGAACGAGCGAUGGACUCCCAUGAUGACUGCAGACAACGCCUGGAUUCCCCGUUCCGAGAUCUUGGUUUCCCAUCAAAAGAUGGUCGCUGAGGUUGAUCAGAAGGAGGCUCUUGCCAGUGGUCAAUUCCGUCCUCUUGUCCGAAAGGAGAUUGAGGCUCACUGCGCGAACUUCGGUCUCGAUGCUGAGUUGGUUUCCCACUCCCGUAUGCUGGGUCUCUCUGGAGGACAACGUGUCAAGGUCGUCCUUGCUGCUUGCUCGUGGCAACGCCCACAUUUGAUUGUUCUUGACGAGCCUACUAACUACUUGGAUCGUGAUUCGCUCGGUGCCUUGUCGAAGGCUAUCAAGUCUUUCGAGGGAGGUGUCAUUAUCAUCACUCACUCUUCUGAGUUCACUAAGGACUUGACUGAGGAAGUCUGGGCUGUCAUGGACGGCCGCAUGACUCCAUCUGGACACAACUGGGUGCAAGGCCAAGGUGCUGGUCCACGACUAAAGCAGGAUGGGGAUGAAGAGGAGGAGAAGUUCGACGCUAUGGGAAACAAGAUCGUCUCUACAAAGAAGGCCAAGAAGCUCACUUCCGCCGAAUUGCGAAAAAAGAAGAAGGACCGCAUGGCUCGACGAAAGCGUGGUGAGGAGGUCUUCUCAGACGAGGAUGAUUGAGCAACCAACGUAUAGACCUGGGAGGAGAAAUAUAGAUUGCGGAGCCGACAAAAACACCAAACAAAAUGUUGUUCCGUUACUUUGUUCGUUGGGUUGGGCUGGGUGGUGAAGGUAGCAUUUGGCCUGGUCUAUGGAGUUAGUUUUGUGCACGCCUUUCUCUUUUCUGAACAGUUUGAUGCGGAUGGAAUCAGAGACACAUACUACGAUACAGUCAGUGUGUUGGUUUGAUUCUGCGCAGACUAGAAGAUAGAUCAAUAGACUCUUCGAAUUGCAUG